GGAAGGAAGAGAUUGCAGUGCCGGUGUGAGACGCAAAGUGCUUCUGGAUUGUUUGCCUGCUUGUGUGUGCGACUGCAGCGAGUCGUGAAGCCAGCGUAAGGAGGUGGUCAUAGUGAACUUAAAAACACAGGUUUAUACGUAUCUUCUCACGGCGUUAACAGAUCAUAUUAGAAAAGAAUUUCUUCAGAGAUUUGAAUGGACACAGUGAGCAGAACUUUCUAGUAGUCAUGCUUCAUUUUUGUUCAGGAGAAAUUCAAGUGAACAGCUCUCCCGUUGAUCACAGAAUGCCAGUGAAGAAGAAAAGAAAGUCAUCAGGUUCUGAAGAUACAGGUUUUCGAAAAUGCAAGAUUGCCAGCUUCUGCAGGACACAAGCACCUGCCCGGCUAAUAAAUUCAGAAGACAAUUUUUCAAGCAAGCGUUGCCUGUCAUGGUUUUAUGAAUAUGCAGGCUCAGAUGAAGUUGUGGGUCCAGAGGGCAUGGAAAAAUUUUGUGAAGAUAUAGGCGUGGAACCUGAAAAUAUUAUUAUGUUAGUUUUAGCUUGGAAAUUAGAAGCUCCCAACAUGGGAUUUUUCACGAAGGAAGAAUGGCUAAAGGGAAUGACCUUGUUACAAUGUGACUGCACGGAAAGAUUGCGGGGUAAAUUAGAUUAUUUACGAUCACAGCUAAAUGACACUGCAACUUUCAAAAAUAUCUACAGAUAUGCCUUUGAUUUUGCAAGGGAUAAAGACCAGCGCAGCCUGGAUAUUGACACAGCUAAGUCCAUGCUGGCUUUAUUAUUAGGAAGGACGUGGCCUCUUUUUUCAGUAUUUCACCAGUUUUUGGAGCAAUCCAAGUAUAAAGUAAUGAACAAGGAUCAGUGGUACAACGUCUUAGAGUUCAGCCGAACAGUUCAUUCAGAUCUUAGCAAUUAUGAUGAAGAUGGUGCCUGGCCUGUUCUUUUAGAUGAAUUUGUGGAGUGGCAAAAAGCUCGUUUAACAUUAUAGCAAACAUUGAGCACUUGAAUGGACUUUGUUUCAGUACUGUUCACACAAGUUCAAGGACAGAUGUUAGUCCAUGAGUCAUGGAUACAAUUUGAAAAAGACUCUUUGGUAUUAAUUUAAAAAGAAAAAGUGGCGAUAUUUUUUUUUUUAAUCUUCAUUAUGUUUCUUUUUGUUCCAUUUUCUGUUGGGAUAAUGAUGACGAAUGAAGGUUUUUUUUUUUAUGUUAAAAAAAAGAAAUCUGUUUAUAGUAUGUUUUCAAGUAAAUAAAAUUUCAUUGUUCAAAGUUGAGCUUUAUUUUAACAAGAUUUUGUAACACUGAAACUGUAGUGCUUGGAAUUUGGAGUACUGAAUAAAAAUGAAAUAUAAUGCCUGCUAGUUAAGUAGGCACACUCUACAUAAAUAAUCACAUAGAAGCAUUACCAGCAUCAAGUUAUUUAUCCCUCAUUCCAGUUUUAGGAUAAUUUGAGCCCCCUUAUUUUUUUAAUACA